AGGAAUCCUAAGCAAUCAAAGAUCUAUUGGAAUUUUAUUGUUCAGUUUUCAACCGUCGCGUCAGGUCACCUUAACGUGUUGAUUUAUAAACACAAAGUUCAGUCAACGAUUCACUGUCUUCGAAACCACUCGGCCGUUGAUCGCGGUUUCUCUGAAAAAUUCGUUUAUUUCUUGUAUAAGACAAAAAUUAUUAAAUUCGAAAAACCACUGCUUAUUAAACAAGUGUUGCUAUCCUAGAAUCGCUUGACUGAUUAAGAAAAUGAGGAAGAAUAUUUUAAAUUAAAUAAUCAAACUGACAAACAAAGACAAUGGAGAAAAAGGAGUCACUGCUGGACAUACUGCUUCUAGAUGGAUGUAAAUACUUGCACAUGACUAACGAGAUGUAUCAGAGGAACAGAGAGAGUUUUCCAGACUUCCAGAGGAUGUUAAAAAUAAUUAAUUGUUUGUCCCGAGUACAGACACUGCUGAAGGUAUGCCUAGCGAUAUUGAGGGAAGUGGAGACUGCAGAUAUCGAACAGUUACUAGCAUCGGGAGAAUUUAAUGAAUCGUACGGUGAAGGCAUUGCCAUUCAAAACGUGUUAGUCGAUUCCAUUGAUUCACUUAUAAACAGUCAUAAAAACACCAUCAAGAAUCUAGAAUUGGAUUUGCUGCAGAAACUAGACUACUAUGGUAAGCAGCUGAUGGUACAGACGAAGAUGCGCGCCCUUUUACAAAAUUAUUGUGCAAAGACAGCUACAGUUCUCAAGCAAACCACGAGUAUUGAAAAUCGUUUUAAGAGGAAUGCACGAUUGGCCAAUCGAUUUAGGGAGAAGUGCGAAAAGUUAAAGGGAAUCUUGGAUAAUAUUAAUGAGAGACAAAUAUUUUUUUGGGGAAACCAUAAUUCUGGCAUGAGUCCCUAAAUGAAGGUAGAAAGUAAGGAACAAGAAUCGACGGAUGAGUAUUUAUAUAUUGUUACACAUUAAAGGAUUAAUUUAUUUUGUUGCGUAUGCAUGUUAUUUAUGAAAUUCCAAUUACUGUUAUAAUUUAAUAAUAUACUAUGUGAAAAAAAAAUAUACUUUGUUUCUGUCCAAUAUUUAAAGCGUGUGUACAGGAUAAAAAUUCAUUGCCUGGAUUAGUCUUCAAAUAAUAAUUGAAGUUCGCUGUAAAUAGAAACCUAAGAGAAUCAUCGAAAAAUUAAAAAAUCCUUUAGAAAAUCCAGCCACGAAGAUAUAGUGAAUGCUACGUCACAGACUUAGGAUAAUUCUAUGGAGUAUGGACAUUACAUGCAAUGCAUUUUUCUGUCUGCAUUUUUUUCUAUCAUAAGCCUGUGCCUAUUCUUAUUGUAUAUCGUUUUUGAUAAUACAGACGACAUCUAGAUUUAGUAA